GUUCAUUAUAUUUUCAUAUGUACACAUAAUAUAUUCAUCACACACACACACACUCACACACAUAUUGUUAGUGCUUGGAAGAUGGUGGUUAAAGUGUACGGUGCAAUCAAGGCUGCUUGCCCACAGAGGGUGUUGGCUUGCCUUGUGGAGCUGGGAGUGGAUUUUGAGCUUAUUCAUAUUGAUCUUGAAACUGGGGAGCACAAAAGUCCAGAGUUUCUACUUCGACAGCCAUUUGGACAAGUUCCUGCCAUAGAGGAUGGAGAUCUCAAACUUUUCGAAUCGAGGGCAAUCAUCCGUUACUACGCAGCCAAGUAUGCAAACAAAAGCCCCAACCUACUAGGAACCACCUUGGAGGAGAGAGCCCUAAUUGAUCAAUGGCUGGAAGUAGAAGCACACAACUUCAAUGACUUGGUGUUCGCUAUGGUGCUUCAUCUUGUGAUCCUCCCCGGGAUGGGGCAGCGUGGCGACAUGGCAUUGGUCCACAGCUCCGAGAACAAGCUCAAGAAAGUGCUGGACGUGUACGAGGACAGGUUGUCGAAGUGCAAGUACCUUGCCGGAGACUCCUUCUCCCUCGCCGACCUGAGCCACCUUCCCGCCAUUAGGUAUCUCGUGAAUGAGGCUGGGAAGGGGCACUUGGUGAGGGAGAGGAAGAAUGUGAAUGACUGGUGGAUGGAUAUCUCAAGCCGCCCUUCUUGGAAGAAAGUCAUGAAAAUGAUGUAUUGACUACUUGCUAUGCUUGGUUGCUUUAUUUUUGUGUGCUUUUGUUCAACCUUCGUGACCUAAGGUUGGUUUUGGUGCCUUUAGUUAAAAGUGAAGUUGUGGCUAGCUUUUUAUUUGUAAGAAGUAUGGCAAUAUAUCUAUUAAUAAAAAAUAUU